AUGCCCAUAUGUCCAAUUUGCGGCAAAGGAAUUGAGGACAACUACCAUCCUUUUUGUGUUUGUCCAAAUUCAGUUGAGCUGUGGAAGGAGAUGGCAAAUGUGUGGCGGCUUCCUGCAAUUGAAUCAAUAAAAAACAUUGGAGUUGAGUGGCUAUUUCAAGCUCUGGAAGUGUUGCCAGACACUGAUCGAGCCAUGCUACUGAUGCUUCUUUGGAGAUGUUGGCAUGUACGAAAUGAGAUUGUUCAUGACAAGUGUCCACCACUGAUAGAGGUAUCCAAACGUUUUUUAUGCAGCUACUUGGAAUCGCUAUUAUGCAUAAAAAAUGACCUGUUUGCGGAUCCGUGCAAAGGUAAAACUGCUGUGUCGCCAGAUGCCUUGCUACGCAUAUCACAUAAAAGAACAGUGGCUGCAGCUUGCGGCUGGGUUCGGCCGGAUCGAGGAUGGGUGAAACUUAUCUCGGACGGGUCGUUUUUAGAGGAUGGAAGACCUGGAUCAGGCAUGGUACUCCGUGAUGAACAGGGCUGCAUUAUCUUCUCCUCUUGCAGGGAAUUGUUCUCGUGUCGGGGAGCCCUCGAAGCUGAACUAGGAGCGCGUAUGGAAGGGCUAUCAUUGGCGUUGAUGCGUUCGGAACUUCCGGUGGCGAUCGAGAUGGAUUCUUUAGUUGCAGUGAAGAUGAUAAAAUACAUUUUUGAAGAUAGAUCAGUCAAGCAUCUCAUGGGUCUUCGUAAAACUAGUAUUACUCACGUUAGUAGAGCUCAAAAUAAAGUUAGUAACUCUCUUGCAAACUUUGCUCGUGUGGAGGGAAGAACUAUGACCUGGCUUGGGUCGGGACCUCCGGAGGCCAUUGAGCUUAACUCCUUUGAUUGUAAUCCUGUGUGA